GCUGUGGAAGGAGGACACCUGGGUGGCGCUGUGCGGCUGCGCAUGUGAGCGCAGGGGGCUGAUAGCGAGAUUACACGCUCUCCCUGCCGCAGGCGUGGCGUAAUCCCAGUAGAGAGACUUUGGUGGUGGCCACGCCUCCAUUCCCGUGACUCCAUGAUAGCUUCGUUUUCGUUCUUCCGUUUCCUUGUGGAUAGGUGGACUCCAGCAACUCUCGUGCUCGUUGGACUUCGAGUUCUCCGCAACCACACAAACACACGAACUCGUCUUCCUCCUCUCGCUCAUUUAAUUUCACAUGUUCUUAAUGUUCUCCGUGCAUUUAUACAUGAACUUAAUCUUGACAAUGGCAGGGUAAUAAUAACGAUGGAACUCUGACGUCAUCUGCUCCCGGGUGACAGUCCCUUGGGUCACGUGGAUCGAGGAGUUGCAUGGGUCGUCUAUCUCGAUCUGACCUGACAGCACCGAGUCAAGGCAGAUCAAAACGUCGACCGAGGCACAUCACCAUCUUGUAAGAGCACGGUCCUUCACGCAACCCCAACGUCGGUGUCAGACGCCUUUCCAGGUAUGGUCCUACUCCCUACAAGCGGACACAUCAGGAAACGAUGAUCUUCCCUAUAAAAACUCUCGCGUUCGGAACGAGGAGGAAGAGGAAAAACACCCAUAAGACUAUCGACUGACUUGAUCGUCGGAGGGGUCGGGUCAAGAGAGCCUCCCACCAUGCGUCCAGGCGAGAAGUUCCCUCCCAAAAGAAACGACUGUCCCGUCGAGACCGAACCAACGUAGUCAACUAUCUCAACACUCUCAAGGAUAGUCCAGGAAGAUUUUCGCUCAUUCGGAUCCGAACAUAACCGUGUUGGUCCCGAGAUCACGACUUAAAGUUGUUGAUACUAACACGCAUAAAGAAAAAGAGAAAAGAGAAAGAAAGAGAGAGAGAGUUUUUAUAUCAUAUAUCAGACAUGUCAGAAAUGAGAUGCAUAUGAAUAACCAAAAGAUAUAGGAAUCGUUACGAAAGAGUAUAGUUAUGUUGUAAUUUAGAAAAUGGUAGGGGCUUAAUUAUAAAAGCGUCCGUAUCUGUAUACCUAUGGACGGUCUCAAUCUCAUCAACAUAGUAGACUAGCAUAGCACACAAAAAGUGGUAUGGGUGGCGGGACACCGUCCACGGGAUGCCUCACUGAGAGACCACGAUGCGGUCGACGCCAUCGGAUCACUGCCGUCGAUUCGUCUGUCUUCUGCGGCGCGAAUAGCGUGCCCUCUCGUUUGCGGUUCCACUGCUAUUCCCCCCUCUCUCGCACUCAGCCCUAUCACCAUCGCAUCGAUCGCCGUAUUCUACUCCCAAGAGCGCGUCUUUUUUGAUCCAUUUGAUUUCUGCUGACGUUUUCGUAUCUUUCCCUCGAUCCCUACGUAUCUUUUGAUCGCCAUAUUUAUUUCCUGGCUGCUGCGAUCUUCUGGUUCUUCUUCCCAUCGGAUACCCAACCACUGUAUUUAAUGCUCGUUUUCUUGAUCUUUGGAGGUUUCUUUUCGUGGGAGGAAUAUUCUGGUAGACUGUCCUUAUUCUUGUUUUGGGAAUUCUUCUUCGUGUUCGCUUCGUCGUUUUCUGUUUUGUUUCCUCGUUUGCCAAACGCAUUCUUAGCGUGGCUGAAGAAUCAGACAUUUUGACGCGAAGAAGCUGGAGCUCUGAUUUCUGAUUUCGGAUUGCGGCGUCAAGAUUGGAUCUUGAUUCUCGUUGCUGGAUCUGCCUGAGGUUUGGCGGGUUGCGGACCUCCGAUUACCCGGCGCAGAGAAUUCUAGAUUUUGGCGGUGGUUGAUUAGGGAAAAGAAGAAGUUUUCAGGGAGGCUUUGCUGGAUUUUACCCGCUGUUUUAUUGGUCUUAAAUGAUGGCAGACCGGUUUUGAUUUGGUUCUUUGAACUUUGGAAGAACUAUUUGGAAGCCCUCGUUUUUUUGGAUUUAGGAUUCGCAGUACCAUCCAAUGAGGUUUUGGAAUGGUUUUCGGCUUCGUUUCAUGUAAAAAGUGGUUCCUUGAUUUUAUUGCAUCGUUUAGUACGCUCGCGUGACUGCGGUGGGGGAAGGAGUAAGUAGUUUCUUAUGGGCUGUGCUUCCUCCAAAGGAAUCUCGGGAGAUGACGGCCCCAAGUUUCGGCGGCCCAAGGCUUCGAGGAGGAGAAUGUUUUCUUCAUCAAGGAGGGAGGAAGUUGGGGAGGUAAAUGCCGAUGCUCGUGUUGGCCGUGAUAGGAGCAGCACGGCAUGGCUUAUAUCGAACUCGCAAAGGAGCGGCGCCACUUCCCCACCUCCUUUGGUGGGUGACAGCAAGAAUGAAGGGGCUGGGCACCAGAGCCGGAUAACGGUGGGUGCUCGUCCGAAUGUGUUACAGCCGGGUUCAGUGGUUGUCAAUAUGGAGGCAUUGGAGGAACAAAAUCUGGUGAUCUCUCGCAUAUCAGACGGGUUCAAUUUUGAGCAUGUUGCAGCAGGUUGGCCUUCUUGGCUCACAGCUGUUGCAGGGGAUGCAGUCAAAGGGUGGCUGCCACGCAGAGCAGAUUCCUUUGAUAAUUUCAACAAGAUUGGGCAAGGAACUUAUAGUAGUGUGUACAAAGCGCGUGAUCUUGAAACUGGCAAAACUGUUGCACUUAAGAAAGUCCGAUUUGAUAAUACGGAUCCUGAAAGUGUACGGUUUAUGGCAAGGGAAAUAUACAUUCUACGUAGACUUGAUCAUCCAAAUGUUGUGAAGCUCGAAGCUCUAGUUACAUCAAAAAUGUCAUGUGACUUAUAUCUUGUUUUUGAAUAUAUGGAGCAUGAUAUUUCUGGACUUGUAGCAACUUCCUGUGUCAAGUUUACUGAACCCCAGGUUAAGUGCUAUAUGCAGCAGCUGCUUUGUGGGCUUGACCAUUGUCAUGGCCGUGGUGUCUUGCAUCGAGACAUCAAGGGUUCAAAUCUUUUGAUUGACAACAAUGGGAUUUUAAAAAUAGCAGACUUUGGAUUAGCUACAUUUUAUAAUCCUGACCAAAAGCAGGAAUUAACAAGCCGUGUGGUAACACUGUGGUAUCGUCCUCCUGAGCUCUUGCUGGGCGCUACAGAGUAUGGUGUUGCUGUUGAUAUGUGGAGUACCGGUUGCAUUAUCGCGGAAUUGCUUGCUGGGAGGCCUAUCAUGCCAGGAAAGACUGAGGUAGAGCAAUUGCAUAAGAUAUUCAAGUUAUGUGGCUCACCGUCUGAGGAGUUCUGGAGGACAUCAAAGCUGCCCCAUGGUACUUCUUUUAAACGCCAACAACCCUAUCCACGCUGUGUAAGGGAAACAUUUAAGGAUUUCCCUUCUUCAGCAUUAGCUCUUGUUGAUCGUCUACUUUCAAUAGAUCCAGCAAUCCGAGGAACAGCUGCUUCCGCGCUCCAUAGUGAAUUUUUCACUACAAAGCCUUUUGCCUGUGACCCUUCAAGUUUGCCAAAAUAUCCUCCGAGCAAGGAAUAUGAUGCUAAACUUCAGAAUGAAAAAGCUAGAAGGCUGUCAAAGAGCAGCAACUAUCAAGUAUAAUGGAGUUGAAUUUCAAAGUAGGAAGGAAAUGCUUGCUUGUGAUGGCAACAUGGAAUCACAGGACUGUCUGCUGGCCCAGAAAUAAGAACACCUGUAUCACAUGUACCUCAGGCAGGAGCUGCAGACUUGCCCAUUGCAUCAGGUUCAAUGGUUGCAAGAAGCGAUAGUAGACAGAGUGCUAAGUGCACACAUACGUUAAGGAAUCAAGUAGCCUCCAAAUACAAUCAUCUUGGUUCUGCCGAUUCAUCUGAGAAGCGAGAAUGGACUCUUCACUUGCUUGAUGGGCAUUCGUCCUCUCACAAGAAGGAUGAUAGGAAAGAAGACAAGGAAUCAACAACUGGUGUGGCUCUAAGAACCGAAUUCACUACUCUGGGCCAUUGAUGCCGCCAGGGAGGGACACCAAAGAGAUGCUCAAAGAGCACGUGAGACAAGUCCACCUGGGUGUACGCAGAGCCUGUCUUGACAGAGCCAAAGUCAAGAAUUAUGGCGAGAGGACUCAGUUUGAAGCCUUUCUCUGUUCUAGCAGGAACGGCAGGUUUGCAACAUGCAUUUCAAAUUGCGAGAAAGAAGGUUGUGCUUUAGCAUUAGUUUCAGACUCAGCAGUGGCUUUAGCUGCUCAAUGUGUAGAUGCAACCCAUUCUAUGGUCAGUAAAUAUGAUAGGAGCUAUUUACAACUUUCUUGGAGAACUGCCAGAACAAAAAAGAAAAAAGAAACAUUAAAGCUCUACGUUUCUGGUUCAGGAUGGUGCAUUAUUGAACAUAUAGGUUGUGUGAAAGCCGUAAAGCCUUCAAUAGCAGAUCAUGUAUGACAGAUCUAUAGAAGUGAACAAACAAGUUUAGCAAAAAUUGAUUUUUUGUGAUUUA